UCCUGUUCUAACUGCCAGUGCUCAGAAGUCAGCCUUGAGAGACAGAGGCACCCAGGACGGAGACGUGAACCCCUGAAUAUCAACAUGACUGAAAAGGCCCCAGAACCACACCUGGAGGAGGACGAAGAGCUGGAUGGCAAGCUCGGUUACAAGCCUCCACCACAGAAGUCCCUGAAGGAGCUGCAGGAGAUGGACAAAGAUGAUGAAAGUCUAGCUAAGUACAAGAAAACGCUCCUGGGGGACGGGCCUGUGGUUGCAGACCCAACAGCACCUAAUGUCACUGUCACCCGUCUUACCCUGGUUUGUGAAAGUGCCCCAGGACCAAUCACCAUGGACCUCACUGGGGAUCUGGAAGCCCUCAAAAAAGAAACCUUUGUGCUAAAGGAAGGUGUUGAAUAUAGAGUCAAAAUUAACUUCAAAGUGAACAAGGAUAUUGUGUCAGGACUGAAAUAUGUUCAACACACCUACCGGACUGGGGUGAAAGUGGAUAAAGCAACAUUCAUGGUUGGCAGCUACGGGCCUCGGCCAGAGGAGUAUGAGUUUCUGACUCCAGCUGAGGAGGCCCCCAAGGGCAUGCUGGCUCGAGGCACUUAUCACAACAAAUCUUUCUUCACGGACGAUGACAAGCACGACCACCUUACCUGGGAGUGGAGCCUGUCCAUCAAGAAGGACUGGACAGAAUAAGCGCCUCUGCCCAUCCCUUUCCCU